AUGGAGGUGGGGACGUGGGCGGUGGUGGCGUCGGCGGUGGCCGCGUACAUGGCGUGGUUCUGGCGGAUGUCGCGCGGGCUGCGCGGGCCGCGGGUGUGGCCCGUGCUCGGCAGCCUGCCCGGCCUGGUGCAGCACGCCGAGGACAUGCACGAGUGGAUCGCCGGCAACCUGCGCCGCGCGGGCGGCACCUACCAGACCUGCAUCUUCGCGGUGCCCGGGGUGGCGCGCCGCGGCGGGCUGGUCACCGUCACCUGCGACCCGCGCAACCUGGAGCACGUCCUCAAGGCGCGCUUCGACAACUACCCCAAGGGCCCCUUCUGGCACGGCGUCUUCCGGGACCUGCUCGGCGACGGCAUCUUCAACUCCGACGGCGACACCUGGCUCGCGCAGCGCAAGACGGCCGCGCUCGAGUUCACCACCCGCACGCUCCGGACCGCCAUGUCCCGCUGGGUCUCGCGCUCCAUCCACGGCCGCCUCCUGCCCAUCCUGGCCGACGCGGCCAAGGGCAAGGCGCAGGUGGAUCUCCAGGACCUCCUCCUCCGCCUCACCUUCGACAACAUCUGCGGCCUGGCGUUCGGCAAGGACCCGGAGACGCUCGCCCAGGGCCUGCCGGAGAACGAGUUCGCCUCCGCGUUCGACCGCGCCACCGAGGCCACGCUCAACCGCUUCAUCUUCCCGGAGUGCCUGUGGCGCUGCAAGAAGUGGCUGGGCCUCGGCAUGGAGACCACGCUGACCAGCAGCAUGGCCCACGUCGACCAGUACCUCGCCGCCGUCAUCAAGAAGCGCAAGCUCGAGCUCGCCGCCGGCAACGGCAAAUGCGACACGGCGGCGACGCACGACGACCUGCUCUCCCGGUUCAUGCGGAAGGGAUCCUACUCGGACGAGUCGCUGCAGCACGUGGCGCUCAACUUCAUCCUCGCCGGCCGCGACACCUCCUCCGUGGCGCUCUCCUGGUUCUUCUGGCUCGUGUCCACCCACCCUGCGGUGGAGCGCAAGAUCGUGCGCGAGCUCUGCUCCGUUCUCGCCGCGUCACGCGGCGUCCACGACCCGACAUUGUGGCUGGCGGAGCCCUUCACCUUCGAGGAGCUCGACCGCCUGGUCUACCUCAAGGCGGCGCUGUCGGAGACCCUCCGCCUCUACCCCUCCGUCCCCGAGGACUCCAAGCACGUGGUCGCGGACGACUACCUCCCCGACGGCACGUUCGUGCCGGCCGGGUCGUCGGUCACCUACUCCAUAUACUCGGCGGGGCGCAUGAAGGCGGUGUGGGGGGAGGACUGCCUCGAGUUCCGGCCGGAGCGAUGGCUGUCGGCCGACGGCACCAAGUUCGAGCAGCAUGACUCGUACAAGUUCGUGGCGUUCAACGCCGGGCCGAGGGUGUGCCUGGGCAAGGACCUAGCCUACCUGCAGAUGAAGAACAUCGCCGGGAGCGUGCUGCUCCGGCACCGCCUGACCGUGGCGCCGGGCCACCGCGUGGAGCAGAAGAUGUCGCUCACGCUCUUCAUGAAGGACGGGCUACGGAUGGAGGUACGUCCGCGCGACCUCGCCCCCGUCCUCGACGAGCCCUGCGGCCUGGACGCCGGCGCCGCCGCCACCGCCGCCGCAGCGAGUGCCACAGCGCCAUGCGCGUAG